UUAUGGUUCGAUUUCCUAACGCGUCAUUAUCUUGUUUCCUGUACUGACCUUUGUUGGGUUGCAUAGAUCUCUACCAAUCGGAUCUUUAGUUUCACAGUACGUACUGCACGUGACUUUAUCAAAAAAUAAUUCAUGGCAAGUUCUUCAGUUUUGAAUGUCUCUCAUUUGAGCAGUGAGUCUGCUCCAGCAGUGGUUAAUCAUUACACUGGGUUUUUUGACAAGAAGACAGAAGUCAAGGAGAGGGAGAAAAAUGCCACAGACAUGGUAACGUCAUUUUAUGAGCUGGUGACUGACUUCUAUGAGUAUGGAUAUGGAGAAUGCUUCCACUUCUUUCCUGUUUAUGACAGUCAGUCAUUCAAGGAAUCACUCAUUGAGUAUGAGAAGGAACUAGCAAAAGCUCUUAAUGUCCAGCCAGGAAGCACACUACUGGAUAUUGGCUGUGGGAUUGGAGGCCCAGGCCGUAUCAUUGCUAGACAGACUGGAACAACAAUCACUGGACUUAACAUCAGUGACUACCAGAUCAAGAGGGCAAAGGCACUCACUGAAAAAGCUGGCCUUCAGACAAAAUGUAUCUAUGAAAAGGGAGACUUCUGCAAAAUGACCCAGUUCCAAGACAACUCCUUUGAUGGUUGCUAUGCUAUUGAGGCUACCUGUCACUCCCAGGACCCACUGCUGGUCUACAAAGAAGUGGCACGUGUUUUAAAGCCUGGAGCUGUCUUUGUUGACAGUGCUUGGGUCAUGACUGAUAAAUAUAAACCAGGAGAUCCAGUACAUGAAAAGAUAAAACAUGAAAUAUUAAUUGGGAACGGACUCCCUGACUUGAGAACUGAACAAGUGUUGCUUGAUAAAAUGAGAGAGGCUGGACUGGAAAUUGUGGAGUCAGUUGAUUAUUCUUUGCAGGGAGACCUCCCAUGGUAUACUUAUCUAGUUGGGAAAAGCUGCUUUUCUAUGCAGAGUUUCAGGAUCUCCUGGUUAGGUAGGAUGAUGACCCAUUAUCUUGUCUCUGGUCUUGAAAUGGCACGCCUUGUUCCCUUUGGGGCCAGUAAGACUCACUCAGUUCUACUGACAGCUGCUGAUGGGCUAGUUGCCUCAGGGAAACUCAAGAUAUUCACACCAAUGCUACGUAUUGUUGCAAGAAAGCCACUGAAAUGAUUGAAGCAUUAAAUAUAUCACACAAAACACAAACGCACAUUAAUUUAUUCCAGACUGUAGAGCACCAGUGUUAUCGCACAUGCACCUAUUUUCAUUGCACAUUGCUAAUAAUAAUUAUUAUUAAAUAAAUUUUUAUCUUUAUUUUGAAUUUUUUGACCUAUACAUCAGUGUGAAUCAUGAGUUACUAACGUAUGUUGGUGACAACUGGCGAGGUUGCUGGUAAUAUUCAAUAUCGUCAACUUUAUUGUUUAGCUGU